AAGGUUUGACACGCAUCGGAUGCGAGUUCUCAAAUGGACCACCUACUUUAAUCCAGCGCAUGAAAGUUCCAUUGUUCCAAUUUGGGUUUUUUUUGAAGGUCUCCACAUCCAUGGCUUCAACGAGGCAUAUCUAUGAAAACUUGCAAGCAUCAUCGGAACACCUCUUCAAAUAGAUGUUCCGACUCUCAAUAUGUCGAGACCAUCAGUGGCACGAGUUUGUGCCGAGCUAGAUCUCCUAUUCGCAUCAGACUAGGAAUUAAAGGUAACUCUUACUUUCAAUCAGUUUUUUAUGAGAACAUGCCUCAGUAUUGCGUAGAAUGUAAGAAGAUAGGGCAUGAUAUCCACUCCUGUCGUCACAACACAACCAUAUCAUUAUCACAAAAGGUAGAUUCGUGGCAUCUAAAACAACAACCAAAACAACAAUCAAAGACGUUGGACAAACCACGCCGAUCGGCGACUCAAUCUGUGGAAAAGAAUAAUCAACACACUCUUGAUGUUAUGCCGCCGCUGCUUCAAACUGUGGCUGCAGCAACCGCUGAUGCUGCUCCAAUAAAUGCGGAAGGCAAAUCAUCUCAUCAACAGCAAUCAACAAUGGUAAUCGCUGCUGUUGCAUCUCCGAUUGCUGCACCAACGGAAGCCAACAAUAGAGGUAUUAUUUCCACGCAGGAAUUAGGCCAUCAUUCAGAGAAUAUGGAUAGCCGGCUGGAGCUUCCGGUGACAACUGAAAGACAGGCAACUCCGACUCGGCAGCCAUCUCAGCGGAGCCCCGCACCUAUUGCGAUGAUCGUGACUUCUGCGCCUAUUGCGGAUAUUGAAAAAUCUCCGCUGGAGGAAACCACGCAAUCUUCAUCGUCGGAAGGAAAUAAGCAGUCAGACUCAGGAAAAACUCCAUCGCCGGCAAAGGAAAUCCAACGUGAUCAGUGUUCCGUUACUUCCGCAUCUUCAGCGCAAUCAACAUGUGCUGCCCGUCAAACCCUUAAUGCGCAAUCAUCUCCGCUACCCGAUGUUGCUGCUGCGACAUUAAACCAUCACGCUGCUGCGACAACCUCAUCGCCGGAGGAAGAAAUCCGGUGUGAAUCACCGGUGAAAAUCCCACCGAAUUCACGGCCUCAACGGAAUCCCGUGCCUUCUGCGACUCCAACGCAAUCAUCUCACUCAGCGCAAUCUGCACAGUCAACGCAACAGAAUCUUUUGAAUUUUAAUGAGGAUAAAGUGCGCAAUCCUCUCUCCCCAUCUGACCAGGAUAUUUCAAUUUCAAAAGAAGAGGAGUUAAAGUCAAACUCUGCAAAAUCCCCUCCAUCAGAAAAGGAAGGAACUUCUUCUAAAGAUAGCUCCAAUAAUAGCAUUACAAAAACGUUAAAUCCAGCUGCUGCCGAAUUUUCGAGUCCAUAUCCAGUGCACCCGGGUGUAACAAGUUGGAUAACUAGUACAAUGAUCCUGGAUAACCAUUAUAAACGGUCGGAUAUUGCUAGAUAUUGGCUGGAUAACCAGUACAAAAGUCCUGGAUAA